CUUGUAAUUUAUAUUCAGUUACUGUGUAAGUCUGCAAGUACAUAUCUUAAAUAUAAAGGAAUUUUAAACGUACUUGCACAGUGCCUGUUCAGAACAUGCUUGUUCAGAACGGGUUGAAUCAUUGGCCUGUGCUGUUGCUGCUUGAAGCUUUUUCUUAAGAACCACCCAAACAGAAAACUUGGCGUGAAACUUCCUUAGGCCCUUAGCAAAACUCCUGCCAUGGCACACACCCCAAGUCUACUCACGGUCAGAAACAUUGGUGUCCAAGCAGAUUAUGGAUUUAAUUAGCAACAUUAUUAGUGUUGUAAGUUAGUAUCUAGUCAUAUACUGGGGAAGGAAAGUCUUACCGACGGGGGAAAACACAACCAAGUCGCAGCUUUACCAGGUUCACAGUAAAAUACACUCUGGUUCCAUUCUGCUUCCAGUUGGAUAUCCGCUCGUGUCUACUCCAGCGAAUUGAAGAAGAUUCUGUUUCCUUACGUUAGUACAUCCAGCACCACGCAGCAGUAGUGAUGCAGAGCCCUGAAGCCCUCCCUGAGCACAUGUGUUGAAUGUGUCACAUGUCCAAAUUACACCAAAUUCAGCAAAGCACUCCCUUUGGCCUCCAGCAAUACACUCGCCAAAUGUUAGGUAGAUUGGAUGAACAGUUGUCGAGAUUUGUGAAGGACAGACAGACAGACAGACAGACAGACAGACAGACAGACAGACAGACAGUCUGGCAGAGAUACCUUGCUUUAUAGGUAAAUAUUUAAUGGAAUAUUGUGAUUCCGCAGCCUUAAACAUAUUCAUUCUGUGUUCUUCUCUCUUGCUUUCAUGUGCUGUCUUUGUUGGGAAACCCUCCAGGAAAUCCAGAUCGCUAAGUGUAAGCAGCGUGUCAUCGGUGUCAUCGGCGUCGUCCAGUGGCAGUUCGGUGCGUAGCGCAGACUCAGACGACAUGUAUGCCGACCUGGCCAGCCCGGUGUCCUCCGCCAGCUCCCGCUCGCCCACACCAAAUCACCCUCGCAAGGAGCGCGGGGCUGCGCGGGAACGGCCCCCGCAUGGCAGAGACAAGAACAGGGAGAGACCAUCAAAGAAAGAUGAACCAUUCAGAGAGGAUCGCAGGAAGAUCGACCCAUCUGGAGCCCCACCUAGAGGAGGAAACCCCAUGCCCAGAUCUGGACCUGGUAGCAGGGGUGGCCACCCUGUACAUCCCCCGCCUGGCACCAUGGGCCCCCCAGGAAGCUACGGAGGUUCUGGUUCCCACAAAGACAUUAAACUCACUCUCCUCAAUAAGCAGCAGGCAGAUAAGGGCAACAGAAAGAGGUACCUGCCUGCAGACAAAGACAGGCCUGGUUCCCCCCUCAGCAAGAGAAUGGCCAUGUCUCCAGACAGAGGACGUGAUAAGAGGAUUCCCGGCCGACCCAUACUCCCCCUCGAAUGGAUCGGCCCAGAGGCCAGGGGCCCCGACCAAUGCCCCCCAGGGAGACAGGAAACGUCCUCUGUCACCUCCCCCCAAGUCAUCUGGAAAAGGCCCUGCGCCGCCGUCGGGCAAGCCACCCCCCCGGGCUCCGCAUCGGCCGCUGGCUCGGGCUCCGGCUCCAACAAACCCAGCAACACACUGUCCCGCCGCGAGGAGCUGCUGAAACAGCUGAAGGCCGUGGAGGACGCCAUCGCCCGGAAACGGGCAAAGAUCCCCACCAAAUAAACGGAAGCCUGCUCCUCCACCCGUUUGCCCGCCUGCCUGCCAGUCUGCCCACCCUACAGCCUUGUGAGCCGGGCCAACAGUGAGGGC